AUGGCAUCUCCGCUGCCUGUCCGGACCUUGUCCUUGAUCCUGAUUCUGCUGGCUGUCCUGGCCCCCCGGGCUGCAGCCGACUUCAACAUCUCAAGCCUCUCUGGUCUGCUGUCCCCAGCGCUGACGGAAAGCCUGCUAGUUGCCCUGCCCCCCUGUCACCUCACAGGGGGCAAUGCCACACUGAUGGCCCGGAGAGCCAAUGACAGCAAAGUGGUGAAAUCUAGCUUCGUGGUGCCUCCAUGCCGCGGACGCAGGGAGCUGGUGAGCGUGGUGGACAGUGGGUCUGGCUUCACGGUCACCCGGCUCAGUGCAUACCAGAUGACAAACCUAGUACCAGGAACCAAAUACUACAUUUCCUACCUAGUGACGAAGGGGGCAUCCACUGAGUCCAGUAGAGAGGUCCCAAUGUCCACACUUCCUCGAAGGAAGGCAGAAUCUAUCGGGCUGGGAAUGGCCCGGACGGGGGGCAUGGUGGUCAUCACCGUGCUGCUCUCUGUAGCCAUGUUCCUGCUGGUUCUGGGCUUCAUCAUCGCCCUGGCACUGGGCGCCCAAAAGUGA